AUGCGCUUGAAAAGCUUCAUAGCGACGCUCUGCUUUAUUCUGAACGUCAUCUGGGCUUCUUCUGAGAAGACGUCGCCGUAUUACGACGACGACGACCCCGACGAGCAAGCGCCGAGCGUUGUUUUGAACCACGUAAGGGAAAAAACUUUCCGCUGAUGAGGAAAAACAUCCGUAUUUAUCGGAAAGACACGGGAAUCAUCUCAAAUCAAGCGGAAGGAGCCAGGAAAUUCGAAAAAAGCGUACGGUUCUGGAGCGGACGGAAAAAACAAAAAUUGUCCAAUUUCCUGUUCCUCAUUUAGAAAAAAUAUAUCUAAUUUCAGCUCGAUUCUGUAAACUACACAGAAGAAACCGAAGCCAACGCUACAAUAAGUUAUGUUCCAGGUCCAGUUUUCCUUUUUCAAGUUUAUUUUUUAGGUUGAAUCGCUUCGAAACUAAAAUUAAGGUUUAGAAAUACCUUGCCUUAACCUCAAAAUGUGUCAGUCUUUAAUCAUUUUUUUGAGCUUGUUAUAAGAAUAUUGGAGGGUCUAAUGGAUAGCGAGUUUGUUCAAGGAUCUGGGUAUUAAAGUUCGACUCCGCUACUGGUUUUAUUCGGUUUCCUACGGUUUUUUCGUGAUAAAAACUUCAAAAUUUGUUUAUGGAGUAGUAUAUAACUAUGUGGUCUAAUGGAUAGUGAGCUUGUACAGAUAUAUAAGUACCAAAGUUCAACUCCACUUCUCAUUUCUUCAGUUUCAGAUUGAGUUUUUGGUGAAACCAAGCUUCGAAAUAUGUUCAUCGAGUAGUAGUUAACAGGAUGGUCAAGUGGAUAGCGAGCUUGCUCAGGAUUUGAGGUACCAAAGUUCGAUACCUCUAUCCGUUUUUUGAAGGCUCUCACCAGUUUUUUGAAAGAGAUGAAGUCUCAAAUUAGUUCAUACAAUAAUAAACUGCAUAGUUCAGUGAAUAGAGAACUUGUCUGAGAGUCUAGACACCCAAGUUCGACUCCUCUAUUCGUUUAUUUAGUUCUCUACCGAUUUUUUGACGAAAUAAAGUUCUUGCUUAAGAAUCUAGAUACCGCGAUUCUUCUACUCUUUUUGAAUAUUUUUGAGACUUCAGAUUUUUUUUGUUACACAUUUCUGCGUCUUCGCGACGAUAUUCAUAAUCAGCAAACUCCGGCCUUUCAUCAUUUAUUUUCCCAGUCAACCUCUUCUCAUAACUCGAACGGCAAUGGACUAGAAGGCCUGGAAAAGCGCCAGAUGUACUCAAUGGGCCGAACUCAUUUUCAGAUUGCUCUUUUUUUUUUGGUCUCCAGCCGUUUCAUCUGGCAAAUGGAACCCCGUCGUUUGCUCCAACCCAAAAACCGAAAAAAAAAAAAUGCACCAUCAAAAGUUUGGACCCAUCAAAAAAAGGCCGUUUUUCGCGUUGGAGCGCAACAACUGUUUGUGUGGGAAUGAUUUGUGCGAUGGGGCGAAUGAAUGUUGCGAGGGGGCUCUUUUUUCUCUUCUUGUCUUUUCGUUGUUAGCUCUCUGUUUAAUUAGGUCUUUUGAGGGAUCACAUCGACUCUAUUUUGGUCUCUGAACCUUGUUUCCGGAGGAUUAGGGAUGGAAUUCGGAAAGUUUGGAAGGACCUUUCGAGAAAAGGUCCCAAAAUUAAUAAUUUUUUCAAUCUAACAUUUUUAGUUUUUCGACGAAAACUCCUAAGUUGGUUUUUCGCUCUGUCGGAUAUUGGACGAAAAAUGGCAAAAACCAGUAGCGGAGUCGAACUUUCGUACCUAUAUUCUUAGGCAAGCUCAUUACCCAUAAUCAGCACCUUUAGAUUCACUUUUGGUGAACAAAUAACUUCUGCCAAACUCUGCAAAACGUGGAGCGGAGUCGAAAUCUGAUAUUAAAAUUACUAUGCAAGCUCCCUAACCAUUACACCAUCCAGCAAUUUGAGGAAACUUCGGACAUGAUUCCACUACAAAUUUAUUGGAAGAAAGUUCCUUUGACUUAUAAUUCUGCUGCGCUUCUUUAAAAAACUUUUAAAAAAAAGCUUUUCGAGUAAAAAUUGGGUAUAGUCGAUUCACGGCUAGCUUGGGACGCUAAGGGGCGUGGCCUAUUCACCAACCAGACACUGUCUCUUUUCUAAUCGUGUCAGGACCCAUUUUUCGAUGAUUCAAGGGAACCGUAGAUCAGCUAGAAUAUUUUGAAGAAAUGGAGCUUCUAGAACCUGAGAAGUAAAAUUCAGAAGUAGACGAUUAUUUCAGGCUCCUCAAAACGACUAACCGAAUAUCUUCUCGCCAAACACAACGUGAACGCCCCGCCGGAUGGCCUUCUAAAUGUCGCCUAUGAACUCGAAUUGGUUCAUAUUCUGGGGAUCGACGAAUUGAAACAGACCAUGUCCGUUCUAAUCUACGUUGAUGAGGUCGGAAACCUUUUUUCUCAUUUUUUUUUUUGCCAUUCUCUGCGUCUCUAUAGUUUUCAAGUGGUUUUUAUGUUUUUAUGACCUCACUAGUAAGAGAAGGAGGGCGCAGACAGGUCAGACUGUUGCAAAUGACCACUAACAAAAUAUUUUAUUGACACAUUUUUGCCUCUUUUUUUCCAUCCACUUUGAGUUUAUAUGUCCUAAAAAAAUAUUAGACAACUCUUAACAAAAAUUCGUGAAAUUUUUUUCACUUGAAUAAACUUGAAGCUGUUUACAUCUUUCAAAAAAACCGAAUUUUUUUCAAAGGCCUGAUUGAAGGACCUCCUCAAAUUCCUUCCUGAGAGAAUGAGGCAAAAAAAUAAAGAUUUUUUUUCCUCGAAUUUUCAAUAUAUUUAUGAAGUAAUCAAGUUUCAAGCUUAGCGAAUCUGAAGUCCAAAAAGAUUAUUUUAUUAGAAAAAAAUUCAAGAUUGCCCACUUUUUAUUUUCUGUUUCCUAUGAUGAAAAGCGUGGCUGCAAAAAAAUAUGUCUGAAAAAAAGUUUUUUCUAAAAAAAGGGUCUUCGGUGUGAAAAAUUUUCUCGAAAAAGUUCCAAAAUUAACUUCAUCCGUGUACAUUUGAUGAAAAAGGUUUUUUUGUCCUAAAAUAUUUUUACGAACCUCUUUUUUUCGACAUAAAGUCUAUCUUGAAAGCUGUUUUCAAAAAUAAAGUACCUUUUAAAAAUCAACCAAAAAAAUUUUUUUGACAAAGCGUUUUUUGACCUAAAAUACCUUCAAAAUCGAUUAAAAACCAUUCAAAAAGCUUUUUUUCGACCUAAAUUAUUUCUGGAUUCAUUUUUGUAUUCUUGAAAGAAACUUUACUCGGCGAGAAGUCGAGCUUCUUUUCAUUCGCACGUCAUCGACAAAAAUUGCAUUUUCAGCACUGGGUGGACCCAUCUCUCGUCUGGGACCCGGCUCUUUUUGGUGGGAUCACGAAAACUUGGAUUCCGAUGGACAAGGUCUGGGUGCCGGACAUCAUCAUCUUCAACAUGUGA